AUGGGGAUCUAUCCUGGAGGCAAGAGUACACGCAUUGACUCUCCUCGCCAUCUUACAAUACGGCAUUCUCGUCGUGUCGUCACUGCCAAUCGCCCUAAGGCCCGUCCCAACGCCACUCAAUCUGUGACCGUCCUCGCCGAUGGCAAAGUCGCCGAGGAUGAGCCUGACCCGUUGCCCCCAGGCGAGCAAAAGCUCAACUCAUUCUGGGCUCCAGGCAUCGAAGCAGGCCCCAAGCACAUAAUCUCAGUAAAGCAAACCAUCCAAGCAAAUGGUGAUCAACUCAAUCUGGAAGCAGAGCAGCCUUUCUACGUUGAUGCACCGCAAUUCUCCCUGCCUGAUGGAAGCAUCCACUCUACAUACCCUCCGGCAGGAUAUAGUGAUGAUCAUAGAAUCUUGCCGCAUGUCGUCUUGACGGAUCCGCAUCUCCCAUGGGAGAGGCUGGGGAGUCCGAAGGGCGGGAGUAACAAGGCGCUCAAGGCACAGAUGAAGAGAGUCGCCUUGGGCGCGGAGGUGGCGAGCAGCGUACCACGCAACCGUGUGCCGUGGCUUGUCGUUCUCGCAUUCGCCCAAGACGAGCUUCGACUGCCCCCAGAGGAUCUUGAUGGCCCAGGCAGUCUGUUCAGCAAUACCAGCGAUGGAGUUCUCAAGCCCGUCAAGCAGUCUUCUACAAUGACGGUCAAUAUGAGCAUCGAUGACUUGUGGAAGUUAAAGUCUGAUGUUACGACGCCUGUCACGAGCAAACUCGGGCCGGUUUCCAUGAAGGAUAGCCGUGGAGACUUCAUCUUUGUGCAGCCAGAGCUGUUCACCAGUCUCUUCUCGACAUUCGACGAUAAGGGUGACCGCACCAAGGGCAGUGGGCCAGAUACAUCUCAGUACAAAUAUCUUUCCCACGUGCGAAAGAUCAACGGCUCUGGGAUGGCUCUCGCUGGUGUUGAAGACACGGCCGUCUUUAGCAUUGUCGUCGGCAACAGAUCUGGUCCACUGGACAAUGUCAUCCCAACCACCAUGUGCGCACAUCUAGUCUCCAUUGAAGGCGUGGAAGCCAUGAGCUAUCCGAGUCAGAACCACCGAUACGUGGCCCUCUGCUCUUUGUACAGCUGGAACUACACAGUCCUCCCACCAAACACCCUCAAUGUCCCAGAUGCUUUCGAGCACCUCGGUCGCACCCUCAACGUGCUGCGAGCGCCAGAUGAAAUCAUAGCGCCCCUCAAAGCGUCUGACGACAAGGCCCAGCAACUUGUUGGCCGUCGUUUGAGCGAUGGGUAUACCUUGAUCAAAUACCGCGUUCAAACAGGCGAGGCAACUGUGGCGCUGUAUCGAGGUCCAUUUACUCCCACGUACGUUCCUACUUUGGAGCAUCUAACCAAGUGCUCAACUUCGGGCGUGGACUUGCAGAUUCUUGAUAAGAAUUUGGGCAUCAUGGAUGUGACGUACUCUGUAGCCUGGCAAGUCGGCCGUACAAUGGCCCUCGGCGAUCAAGCAUUUGUUGCUGCAUUGGGACGUGUCAGAACUGCGGUACACGCCGCCGCAGCGAAGCAAGUCAAGAUCAAUGCAGUCAAGGAUGUUAAGGAUACAGCAUUUCGUACUCGUGAUGACCUCCUCCAAGAUCUCGCGUCCAUGGUCAAGGGUCUUGCUGACAUCCAUCUUCAAAAACGUGGUUCGGAGCCUCAAGACCCUGGUGACGCUCCUGAUGCAAGAAAACCUGGUAGACCUGUGUUCAGGCAUGGCGGGGCUAAGAAGCGAUGGCAUCAUAAGAAGCUUCAACGUCGUGAUCGACCGAAGCUAUCUUUCUCUUCACCUCUCUUCGAGGACAAGUACCCAGCUGCCGCGCUGGACUCUGUUCGCACGCUGGCUGCCAGUCGAUCAGGUGACCCAUACGACGAGACCAAUGAUCCACAGUCCUCAGACUGGAUGACUGUUCUCUCAUGGCUCGUCGACCGUAUGUUUCUCGCGGGUGUACCAGCGCACUAUCUCAUACCCGAUCCAAGCUACAUCCCGCCAGAGAACCUACGCUUCUUCCACAUCGACAAGAACUGGGUAGACGCUCUUAUUGACGGCGCUCUAUCCCUCGGUAACCAUUUCGGUACUGACGAGGACCGCGUCGCUAUUAAGAAAGCACUCAACGACUACAUCGGUCGUACGCCUGAUGGAAUGGACCAUCGCGUCCAGAUACCUGCUUACGGCUUCUAUCUCCGCUCAGACCUGGUAACCAUGUUCCCAGAUCUGCGCGUUGAGGUCUUAUCCAAUGAUAGUGCCCUCAGAGCUGCUGGUCAAGAGGCUCCUGCGGGAGCACCUCUCUUACGGCAUGAGAUUGUCGCAGAUGGCGUCAUGAUGGCAUUCAUGGACCGCGUUCCCGGCUCAGCGCAAUUUUCGUCUUUGGUGUUCACACAACCAGCUCACCAGCAGCGAUUUGCUGUUGCUCGCGGUCUAGACCCCAAUGAGGUCAAGGUCAACAUCAGACGGCAGUAUACUGUUAGCCAAGCUACCAGGGAGACAGACAAUGAUAGACACAAGGCGCUCAAGGAAGUGACAUACACUCCAACCACAGAGAAGAACAUCUUUGUAUGGAACUCUGUACCCGGUCAAAACCUCAGUGACUUGCGUAUACUACGCCUUCCUGCCUUUGCGGACUUACAGUUGAAAGUAUUGCAAGACAUGAUGGGGAAGCAAGAAGGAACUGGUACAGCUUACUUUUCGGAUGAUGCUUCGACUUCUGCACUAUUUGCUAUGCAGCUCAAUGAUCCCAUUUAUAACUUGACCAUCAAUAUGGCUGAGCGUGCUGCGGCUGCGCAGGCGAUAGCUGGCUUAGCUCCUCCUGACAUGGGAGACGGAAGCCCAGAGUUGAGAACAAUCAACAUGAUGGAGCCCGUCAGAGUCAAGAAGCUCUCUGCUUUCGGAACUGAAGUCUCUACUGCGCCAGUGGAGGAGAUUCCACAUGUUGAGGAUGAGUACAAUGAUCCAAGCCAUGAAGAUAGCUUCAUGAGAUCUGAAGACUACGUUUCUCCACUGGACGUGCUCACGAACUACCUCUCACCUCAUGUUCGAGCAAUGCCACUUCAUCGAGGGCCAAGUGUCAGCGACCCAGACAACAUUCCCACCAACGCCCGUAGAAGUGAGGUUGAACCCCGUCCCUUGAAAGACAAGCCAGUUGGUUCAGAGCCAGCAUCAGCCCCAAGAUUUCUCAUGCGAGUCAGCAGCAACCUGGCCGGCAAUCACAGCCAAGUCGUGCUAGACAGAUUCAAUCUUCCCCAGGACCUCAUUUUCUCCAUCGUCCUCAAACAAAGCGAGAUCAAUCAGUACCUCCUCAUGGAAGUAACCAUUGACAUUGUUCUGGGUUCACCCAGUGAUGCUACAUACGCUUUGAUGUCGAACUACACUGGUCCUGGGGCACAUAUGUUGACGAACCUGCGCUUCAAUGUGAUUCCGACUACAUUUCAUGAUCAGAACCAGAAUCAGUAUUACUUGCGUAUUCGUCUACUUCCUCGGGCCGAGAAGGGCUGGGUCAUGGCGCCGGCUGUGCCUGAGCUGAGUUUCUUACUUGGCUUGGCUAGUAUGAAUUCUCCUGGGUUUGGAACAAAAUCUGCGGUUAUUCGGUCUCGGGCGAGAUAUUGCAGAAACCCUGCACUUCCUUUGGUGGAGCCCAAUGUGAUGAUAGUGGAGAAUCCUCCUUUAUCUGUAGAGGUAGUCAUGAGUUAG